GCCGAUCGCUCGUUAUGCCGACAGACCUCGAGUAGCUUUCCUGCAGUGAUAACGGAAUAGUUUUCGAGUGCGAAUUAAGUCAAAAUGUCGGCAUACAAAUACAUAAUUGGUCUGACUAUUUUGGUCACUGCUCUGUUGACCAUCAAUACUGUACCGACAAAUGGAGCUUCCUACGCUCCCGCUAACAAGUCACACAAUCUGAUCGUCGGCGGUAGGCUGCCUGGUGACAGACUCGUUCUCAGAGAGAGCGUCGUCAAAAACUCUAGCUGGAUGAAAGUUCAAAUUGUUCAGAAGACUUUCAACAUCUCGAAAUGGGAACGUAUCACUAUGGUCGAAGCAUUGGAUCAGAAGACCAAUGGAAACGGUGCAUACGCUAGUAUUCUGAAUGGUGGACCUGGACACAGCAAUGUCACCUUAAGAUUCAAGAGUCAGAGAGGUCAUAGUGUCAACUUCAUCGUCCAAUUGUAUGCACGUUAAUCAUAAUGGAAAGAGUUACCUUACGAUUGGUAUGACGAUUUCUGGACGUAAUUAGAAUGGAGAAGUGAAAUAGCUAACUUUUAAAGGCUACAUCAACCUAGUUGUCUCAAACUAAUUAUUAUUGUAUAAUUGCCAAAAUCAUAAUUGCUAAAAAAAUAUUUCUGUGAA